AUGGAGUGGAAGGUGUUUGUUGUUUAUUUACACUUUGAAGCCAUUGGGCCUCCUCCUACUUGGCAAUGCAAGAAAAUUGACCGUGGAUUCGGGGCCAAGUUCGCGACCCGGGUUGAACUCCCCGAGGCGGGUGCCAUAAGACGGGACAGCCGGCCCAUGUCACAGGGAUUGAUCUUCAACUCAGAUAUGAUGAGCCAACGGUUGGAGAGUCAUCGACCUACCAUCAUCAGCCUACUUCCGCUGUCUCCGGCCGUUCAAGCGGCACCACCCGCUGCGACCCUAGCGCGGAUUGGGAAACCUGCGAAUCAACCUUUCCAAGAUAUCUCUUCGGACCUUAGACUUGCUUCUUGGACUCGUUCAAUACACGUCUUCCCUGCGGCCUACCCUCGUUCAAUUUCCGGAUCGGCCGUUCAUGAGGCUGUCCUUCCCAAAUAUCCGCGCUCGCAGGACCCUGUUGCGAUCGCACACGAUAUUAGAAAUCGAAAUCUAAACGCCGAAAAGAGAAUUGAGUCGGGGACGGCCAUAGACGAACCUCAAUUGUUCAUUGCAGCCGCUCGAUAUUACAACCAUUCCCAAUCAGGGGAAGAUCAAAAAAAUAAUGUAAAUGAGGGAGAGGCCCCCAUCACCUUUGUACUAACUCAUGCGAACGGAUUCCACAAGGAGACUUGGGAGCCAAUGCUGGCCCAUCUAAUCUUAUCUCCCGGGGGUCGAAAAAUCAAAGAAUUCUGGGCGCUUGAUUGCGUCAAUCAAGGCGACAGUGCUGUUCUAAAUCGUGCUACUGUUGGGUUGAAUUUUGAUUGGGCAGACCACGCUCGCGAUUUACUGAACUUUGUGUUAUCCUACCUGCCCGAUCAACAUUCAUCUGGGCCAAGUCUACCCAUGGUUUUACCCUGUCUCGAAUGCCCGAAUUCACAACUCCUCCAGCUUGAUCAGUCACCUCGAUCGGAUACAUGUGGCCCGAUCAGUUGGCGUCAUCGAAGACUCGGCCUCAUUGGACACUCGGUUGGUGGCUGUGCAUCCUUGUUCGCAGCCACUUCAAUUCCGGAACUAUUUCAAGAUGUCAUUCUAGUCGAACCAGUCGUCAGACCAAAGCAUGAUGACGAGAUUAGGGUUACAAUCAAAAUCGCUAGUUCUACCGUGGCCCGACAAGAUCAAUGGGACAACCGGGCGGUGGCCUUGAAGAAAUUCCAGAAAAAUGAUAGGUUUUUCGGUCGUUGGGAUCCAUCAGUCUUGAAAAGAUAUCUUGAACAUGCCUUGGAAUUCGAACAGCCGGUAAAAUUGAAGUGCAACAAAUUACAUGAAGCAUCGGUUUUUGUUCAGCCUCAUAAUCGCACGUCUGAAUCAUAUUUCAGGUUCUCAGAGUUGUUUGAUGAAAGCAUGACAAAACAGCCCCUUGGUAAUGAUCAUCUCCCGUUUCGAUUUUUAUUAAUACUUGGCAAUCAAUCUGACUCAGUCGUACCGGAAGAUGCUGUAAAGAAAUUUGGCUUUGUCAAAAUCGAUCGUUCUGGUCACUUAAUUACUCAAGAGAAUCCCCUUGAGCUAGCUUCCUUAAUUUCCAAGCAUUUAACCGAAUCAAAAUUUCCUUCGUGUAUCAACAAGGACACUCCUUUCUGCAAACUGUGAUUCUCAGUAUUUAUGUAUAAUCCCAAUCGCAAUAUUUCCCAGCCAUUCAUCCCUCAAGACUAAUACAGCAAUGUAUCAUCAUACGAUAUUUCGCUAGAAAGUUUCUUUUCAUCUUGUAAUUUUAUUGUUUCUUUUGAUGCUUCAAAGUCAACCGCAAUUGAUUGCCCCACAAGAAACUGUACUUCCAGUUCAACUUGAA